AUGUCGCAACGACCGAACGAGCCCCUUGUACGAUCUUCAACGUCUCCGGCGAAUGGACGACAUGGAGAUAUAUCCCCAGAAGCUGCGUCACCCUUAAUCCGAUCAUAUGAAGGCUCAUUUCGCCAGACCCCGCCCCGAAAGAACGACCGGCAAACGAGCGGGGAGUUAGAGGGGACUACACUGGGCAGCAGUUCCCGUGAUGGAGAUCGAAGGACACCGGGACAGCGGAGGAACCAGAGCUCAGGUGGCUUCUUGCUUGACUCGUUGCCUCGCCCGCGAAGCACGAGAGUUAGCUUGCACCGCCCUCGCCCCUCAGAACCUCCCCAAGAGAAGCGCAGCGCUCCCGAAGCGGAUAUCGUGGUCCCCAAGAAACGCUCGCGGUUUCCAUGGAGCCGGAAUAAGCGCCAUGCAUCUGAAGUAAUGCCAGAAAAUGCAAGUUCAAGCCCGAUCAGUGCUCGGCAAGCUUCUACGCCUCCUGAUAGACAGUAUUCUGCAAGCUCCUCGCUGCCCGAGGUACAGCAAGACAAUGUGGCACGUUCAACUCCUUGUCUCGAUAGGGACUCGAUCCAGAUCGUGAAUCUAGCCUUGAGCCUUAAUGAAUCUCGGAGGAGGACUGCUUCUGGAAUACCCUCGGGCUCUGAGAACCGAGGGCCAAUAUCUGUCUCUCAACCUGCUGUUUCGACAGCAGACAGAUACGCGUAUUCCCCACUAGCGAGGAAGUUCCAGCCCGACUCGCCGUAUCGCGAUCUUACUCAGGUGUCUGGUAAUCGUUUAUCGCAGGGGACACUGCCCAGCUUAGAGCAAUCGUCUGUUGUGAAUUUGUUGCCUCCAUCCGCGAUUGAGGAUCACCGGGCAUACGAAUUCUCCGAAAGCACUUUGGCUCGUGCUGAGAGAGCACGGAAUCAUUUCGAUUUAUUUCACGAAUAUAUGCGGCUACUGCCCUCAUUACCACCUCUCCGAGAUGCAGUCAAUCAUGACUCUGAGUCUAGACCACAGAAUCCCAACCGAAGUUAUAACCCGCUUCAAAUGAUUCGCAACCGAAAAGUCAGGUAUCGCGAGAAAUGCUCCAUCGAUCCAGCUGCGGAAGGAUGGCACGACGUUGAAAGAGUCCACCAGUGGAUCAGUGACGUCGCGCAAAAAUACAGCCAAAGAGAGUACGACCGAGUAGAUUGCUUGAAGCUUCCACCUUUCCAACAAGGUCGCCGCCAUGUAUCUAUUGGAGAACACGAAGAUAUGGAUAUGAUGCCUACGUCUCCGGGAUCGAGCUUGCGACGAGUAAGCCGAACCAGCAGCAUGAAGGCCCGUCGACCACGUAUUGAUUGGAAGAUCUCACCAGCAGAGCUUCUGGCCGAUGCUGCUUGGCUGGAAUAUGGUGCCAAUAAGACGAAGGUGGUUGACAAGGAUGGCUAUAAACUCUACCCUGACCCCACAGAAUUAGUUAUCAUGGACACAAGCGAGGAUCUCGGGACGUCUCAUAAGCAGCAACGCCUUUCGGCCGAAGUGGGAGAUCACGCAGAGGCACAUUCGUCACCGCGCACUUCUGUCUCCAUUCCUCACCCCGCAUUGGCGCAAGAAUUCAAAAGUGUGGGUCGUGGGCGGCACAGGCAUAAAUUCCGAAGUCACUCGCACAGCUUACGCAGCCGUAGUACUUCCAGCAAACAAAAGCCGUCAGCAUGGGAUCAUGUCAAAAUGCGUUCGGGCAGCGUCUCCAGUUCCUCAAGCUCAGAUACCCGCCCUUCUGUCGAUGAAAAGCCUCGCAGGUCUUAUGAGCACAUCCGCGACCAUGUCCAAAGAUUCGUCGAACAUGCACACUCAGGAUCACGAAUAUCCCGCGGCAAGUCUCCGGCUGUUCGUGACGCCGACAUUGAUCGGGGAAGGACACCACAGCCAACCGACCCGUUGUCGGUCAAUACGAAUCAAGACCGCAAGCACAGAACAGGCUCUUUCUCAUCGGCAGGCAGUCUUGACCGGCACGAUACUCGUAUGUCCCUGGAAGGCAUGGAUAGCACUGCGCCUAACUCUCCCGCUCGUGUUGGCUACUUCCCGAGCAUAGCAGUAAAUCUGUCACCCCCGUCAAGUCGAUCCCCUUCGCCCGCAAAGAAGGGUCUCCGUCAUAAGAUUGUUUCACGUCACGAGCGCAGCAAGAGCAAACAAGCAGAUCGAGAGCGAGAGCGGGAAGAUGAAUUGCCGGAGCCUGAUACUUUGCGUCAGCGAAACCCGACGGCACUUGCACGAACGGAGGGCGCCUCCAAGCUCGAGCCGAGUCCUCUUCCUGAUGUUGUGUCGUCAUCGUAUCCCGAUGAUCAAGGCACGCACGAGGGCAAUCGGGUAGAUGGACAUCGGUCCCGUAAAGGGCCCCAUCUCCCCGAAUCAAAGCUACGAGGAAUAUUUAAGGGACCAGGUCGGAUAGCAGAGAUCGUGGGCAAUGAGGUCUCCAAGGUCGGAGAUCUUAUCCUGAAGAAAGACGCAGAUCCUGAAUCUCGGAAAUCAUCGUCCGCCACCACUUUCGCAUCAGAUGAUAGCGAUUCUGAUGAAGAAUCCAGAGGCGACAGGAAGUCUGGCUCCAAAGGUCUUUUACGGCGCCUGCCAACAUUUACAGAUGAGCCUGGGCGAUUGACUCGCAGAAAUUCCGAGAAGAAUUCCUCCCUAAGCUUUAUUCCCUCUCUGCCGACCUUCACAUCACCCCUGAGACAAGAUGAACGAAGCGAAGCAGCAGAGGCGACCGACUUCGGCAGUCCUCACUAUCGAGUUUCCCCUCCACGAAGUUAUGGUUCUCGUGAUUCCCCCAAGAAGUUCUCGCUGCCACGCAGCAAAACGCUUGAUUUCAGCCCUUCUCUGCACACGGGACGGACAAAGCGCGACGAGAUUAAAGACCCUUGCAUCCCUUUCAGCUUAACACGGCCUCCUGUCACUGGGCUCGCCAACGCUCGAGCAUCACCAGGGAUUUCCCCGGAGGGAAGACGCACAGGGCUUUCAGGUGCUAGUCGUGCCUGGAGUAUAUCUGGGCGCAGUAUCCACACCUUGAUUGACAGCGGCGUACCUGGUAAACCAGAAGUCGAGCGCACACGGGCUCUUCUACUGUCAUCAGGGAUUAAGGCCCGGGAGAUUACUCGCCGAGCCCACACUGCCCGUGAGCCAGCUCCUCCCUGGCUUCAAAGCUCCAUGGGCCCUGGUGCAUCUGUUCCACGAGUGACUCGGAUCAGCGAGUUUGACCUCGCUGCUCAAUGCCUCCUCCAGCGUUUCGAGCACACCCAACACUCGUUCCAACAAUCCAUGCAUCAUUUUUCCACCUCCACCUCGUCGCCUCUCCGAGCCCAGCUGAGGAACCUGGAAAACCUGGUCAAUCAUUCCCUGGCUCCGCGCGUCCGAACCACGGCAAUUGACGCCGAGGACUUGUGUGUCCAGCUCAACACCACCAGUACACUCGCUGUUAAGCAGCUGAGCGAUGCCCUUGACAAAGGCCUUCGUAAGCGUCGCCGUCGAUUGCGGUGGAUUCGCCGCACUGGGUUCAUGGUUCUGGAAUGGGCACUUGUUGCUAUGCUUUGGUGGGUGUGGCUGAUUGUCAUGGCUUUCAAGCUUGUGCGUGGUGUCUUCCGGGGUGCCUUCACUGGUAUCCGAUGGGUCUUGUGGCUUUGA